CAUCUGCGUGUUCUGAUGAUUGCUUUGGGUUCAGUUCGUUGUUUUGGUCGAGCCUCGAAGGCAUGCAAUUAUUAUACGCUGGUAGAAACACGCUGUAUUAAUUGUCCGGGGCUUAAGACUGGCUACAGGAGGAGCGCAGCAAGAAUUGUUGUCUCUCCCAGCUCGCGAUGGAUGACGAAGAUGCCUUUCUUUAUGGCGACUCUGCCGGCGCUACCGGCGAAGUCUUCACAACCACUGCGCAAGCUCCACCUGCACAAGGCACCGAAAAGGACGCAGUAGCUUCCUCGAACAAUGUGCCUGCACCGGAACAGGCCACAGCCUCAGGAGGAAAUGCUGGUGGCUCCCAAAUUGGGGACGAAGAUGCCCAGGGAGAGGUAGAGGAAGAGGAGGACGAAGAAGGGGAAGAGGAGGACAGCGAUUCCGAUCUCGAGAUCAUCAUCGACAACUCGGUAGACGCUGCGAGACCGCCGUCACAAUCCAGUCAGCAUCAGCGAUACGACCGAAAUCAACAAAACCGUGCAAGCCAAAUAGCGCUAACUGAUGAGUACACACCGCUAGCACGGGGCGUGCUACCUCCACGGCCGGGACAACCACCAUCGCAGUUGAUUGCAGCCCCUGAAGCUGCGAAUGCUCCUGGUGCAGCCCCAUCGGUGCCUCUGUCUGUGGCUGCCAACCGGGUAUCAGAAGGAAAGCAACAAGAGGCGCCAGAGCACGGCGAGAUUCCAGAGGGUCCACCGCCUCACGCGCCUUCGACCGCGCCAGUGCUGCGCCUCACACCUUCACCCGAAGAGCUGGCUAUUGAAGACGGCAAGCCGGGAGACACAGUAUAUCACCUCGACCCAACGACGAUGGAUCUGAAGCCUUGGCGUCGCGCCGGUACGGAUCUAACCGAUUACUUCAACUAUGGAUUUGAUGAGGAAAGUUGGAAGCGAUGGGGCGAGAAGAAGAGGCGGAUUAUCGAGGAGCGCCGCGAGUUCGAGCAGAAGCGCAUGGAAGGAUGGCAAAACUCGAUGGCGCACGCAAUGCGCGGGCCCGUCUCGUCUGGCGCAGUAGGGAUGAAUCCAUUUGCCGCAGCUAUGAUGGGCAUGUCACCAGGGAUGCCGGGGAUGCCGGGGAUGUCGGGGAUGCCCGGUAUGCCGCCUGGGUUACCCGGUAUGCCUGGAGUACCCGGCAUGCCUGGGAUGCCGAGCAUACCAGAUAUGGCAACUAUGGCAGCGAUGUUUGGACAGAUGCCUCCGCAGAUGCAGCAACAGAUGGGCGGGCCCGAACAGAUGAUGGCCGCGAUGAUGGGUGCAGGCGGUGGAGGCCCACCUGGAGCGAUGCCUUUCGGAGGACCGCAUGGCGGACCGGGUCACUUUGGGCCUCCUCCUAGCAUGGACAACAGAUGUGCCCUAGACGGCGACAGUGAGAUGCACGGGAAUGAAGGCGAGACCAAUGGGCGAGAGGCGGGCGAGACAUCUGCACCUGGCGUGCGGGCACCAACAGGACCUAGUGCGCGGCAAGCACUGCCGUCAGGCCCCAGCUCCGGUGCAGGGCCAUUCUUCGACCGGCCCCCGCCGAGCGGUCCAGCAGCGGACCGUGAGAAGGAACGCGACCGCGACACUUUGCUCCCGGCAAAUGUGCCGACCGGUCCCAAGGGCCGCAGGCCGCAGCGGCCGUUGCGCGACGGCGAAGCGGACCAGCUCGAGCGUGAGGGCUCCAUCGCCACUGGCGGAGCUGGCACUCGCAGCCGCCGGAUAUCGGAGCGCAGCCCGGAAAUGGAGUGGCCUGGCUCGCCUGGCACAGGCGGGAGGGAUCACGACCGCGACAUUUCUGCCGACCAUGGUACGGGUAGUAAGAGUCGCGCGAGGCGAUCUCCACCCUCUCCGCCCGCGAGUCGCGGGCGGGAUAGCCGCGAGGGCUCUUUGACGCCGGGGGGUGAUGAGGAAAACGGGAACGGAUCAAGGCGCAGUGGUGCUGGCCGGAAUCGCGAUCGCGAGCGUGCCGAGCGACGUGCUGGCCGGCAGCAUGCGGACGAAGAGCAGCUGAAUUACGACGAUGACAGCGUGCAUGGAUCGGCACUUGCGCCUGGAUCUGUGGCAGGAACUGGGAAGCCAUCAUCGAGAAAGAGAGGCGCAGCGGAGGAAGAUGAUCGCGAAUACAGAACGAACAAGAUCAGGCGAUGAGCCGGCUCUUCGAGGUGUAGCAUAGUGCUCAGAAGCGGGUCUACAUGUGCGCUGCAUCGGAG